GUGAAUCUGAUGUUUCUGGAACCCACGGCCGAGCCGAAGCCACGCACUGUUUGUCAUGUCUCCUCUGAGGCGGCGUACGUUCUCUUCUUGUUCUGGGAGCAGACGGCUGGACGGCAAAAACGCCCUGGGCCUGUGCCUAAGGCGAAACUGGCAGAGGCAGUAGUGCCGGAGAGCCGGCAACUUCGUGCCCUGCGGCAGCGGAUCAAUAAGCUCGGUGAGGAGCAUGAGGAGGUGAAGUAUGCAGAGACGAAGGUGGUGACCCGAAUCGUGGCGCAAGAGGUUCUCGAAAAGAUCGAGGCAGCUCCUCAUGAGGUCACCCAGGAGAUGUUUGUGCGGAUGAUUUGGCCGAGGAUCAAGUCUUUCGACCUGAAAUACGUCAUCGGCAGCUUUCGUCGUUUCUUUGCCCAGGAGGGCCUUGCCCGUAUCCUUGCAGCUGUGACGCAUGCAAAGAAGGGCGGAGAGGUGGUGAAAGUCGACAUGCCUGCCUCCGAUCUCAAAUUCCUCUUCGAAGUCCUCGAUGAGGACGAUGACGGAACACUGUCCAUCAAAGAGAUGGUACAGCUUGGCGCAAUGGAGGUGCAAGAUGCACUCCUCCUGUCCGAAUACCUGGACAAGCAGGAGGAUGGUGAAAUCAGCCUUGAAGAGCUAAUGACGUUGGUCACCGGCCAUGCGGGCGACGAGUUCGUUGACUCCCUGAAAGGCCUGUUCGCGGCAACGGGCAUGUCGGCGUAG